CUUGUAGCUGUUCUUUGAACACUGCGCAGCAAUGCUCCGUAAUAAGAACAAGGGUCUCAGACAUCUGAGAGGGCACAAGCAAUGAAUGGUGGAGUCACUAUCCAGGUGAGAGCCCCCCCUGUAUUAAAACUUCCCACCCCCUUCGCCACGCCCUCAAUGUCCAACGACCUCUGAUCUCUUCCUCUGCUCGUCUUCAACCUCUUCUUUUGACCUUUGUCCAUCCAUUCCUUUCAACUGCUGGAGACUACCUGCUGAGCACGUCCUCUUCUUUACACACAAUUUGAACAGACAAUCACUGUUCUUUUCUCUCAUUUACUCACUUUCAUCCCCGACAUCUUGCUUGACUCGACUCGGCUAGCCCGACCUCGACAGCAGAACAAACAACCAAGAAACAUUCUCACUUGGUUUCAAGUGCUCAAAGUACCCUCCAACUCAAGGACUAUCAUCCCAAUUCAAAAGAGCAAACACUCCGCUUCAACCAUCAUGAAGGGCUUCUACUACGGAGCCGCCCUCGCGGCCCUGGCUGCCACUGGCGCCAGUGCAAAGGACGAGCGUACCUUUGCUGUCCUUCGCUUCACCAACAAGCAGCUCACCCAAGGUCCCAUCGACCCCAUCGUCUCCCCUGGCAGGCGUGCCACCCACUCCCACAUCAUCAUGGGUGGCAGCGGCUUCAGCUCCACGGCCACCGGCGAGGACCUGAUGAACUCCCAGUGCACCAACGCCCAGAUUGUCGGCGACAACAGUGCCUACUGGUUCCCCCAGCUGUACUUCUACGACGAGGACAGCGGCGAGUUUGAGUCCGUCAACGUCAACUACGUCAAUGUCUACUACUUCUUCGAGGCCACCGACGACGAGAUCGUCGCCUUCCCUCCCGGCCUCAAGAUCCUCGGCGGCGACCCCAACGCCCGCGAGAUGCCCGCCUUUGGCUCUGCCACCAACCUGGACCCCAACAAGGGCCCCAUUCAGAACGUCAAGUGGACCUGCCCCCGUCUCAACAACGAGUACAACCCUCCCUCGUGGCACGAGGACUCGGACGGCACCACCUGCGGUGUCGGCGACCCCAUCAACAAGGGCGAGGGUGUCGGGUUCCCCGACCAGAACUGCGACGGCCUGUACUCGCCCCUGCGUGCCGACGUGCACAUGCCCUCGUGCUACGACCCGGAGAAGGGCCUGGAGGACCACAAGAACAACAUGGCCUGGCCCGAGGACAACGGCAACGGCAAGCUCAACUGCCCCGAGGGCACCAUCCACGUGCCUCACCUCUUCCUCGAGGUCUACUGGGACACGCCCGACUUCAAGGACCGCUGGACGCCCGGCCAGAAGAAGCAGCCGUUUGUGCUGUCCAGCGGCGACGCCACCGGCUUCUCCUCCCACUUUGACUUUAUGGCUGGCUGGGACGAGGAUGUCCUCCAGAACAUUAUCGACACCUGCGACGCCGGCACCUCGGGCAUGAACAACUGUCCUGGCGUGACCGUCAACGAGGAGGACUGCACCAUCCCCGCCGAGUUCGACGACAAGGUCAUGGGCACCAUGUCCACGCUGGCUGGCAACUGCCCCCUGACCGGCUGGAGCUACGGCCUCAAGGGCGUGGUGGACGAUGUCAGCGACAAUGUCAGCGACGUCGUCGACGACGUCGUUAAGCCUGACCCUACCACGUCCCAGGCUGUGAGCUCUGUGCCCGCCGCCUCGCAGGGUCUGCCCGAGGUGUCCCACGCCCCCACCAACGUCGUGGAGAACCCCUACGUCCCCGAGGCGUCGGUCGAGGCCGAGGAGGACCCCGUCGUCGCGCCCGUCUCGUCCGCCGAUCCUGUCGUGGCCGAGCCUGUCGCGCCCGAGCCCACCAAGACCACCAGCAGCUGCGAGAAGAAGAUCCACACCGUCUGGGAGACCGUCACCGAGACGGAGAAUGUCUACGCCGAGCCCACUGGCUCGGCCAAGGCGCGCCGUGACUCUCACGGCCACAGCCACCUCCACGGCCGCCGCCGCUUCCACUAAGCUGGUGGCAGUUGAGUUGAGUACUACCAAGGGACUGAACCCUGAAAGUUGAUUCAUUUACAUUGGGCAUCCGGACAUAUGGGGUGGUUUGGGGACUGGACAGCAAGCGACGUGGGACAAAAUGGGUGCAUUGCGAGACUACAUCACUUCUCUUCCAUCUUCCCGCCUGACCUGCCGUUGCGGUUGGUCAGGCAUCUUUUCUCUCUCUUUGGCCAUCUGGCUCUUUUGCCAUCGGCUUUUUCUUUCUUUCUUUUUCGUGUCUACUUACAGCUGUUGGAUACCCAUGAAGUGCCUUCACGGGCUGGAUAGAGGAGCAAUUGGAUGAAUGUCAUUUCCUGCCUGGGUUUGCUGUGACCUGUGACCUGUCUCGGGGAGCCUUGCUUGCUUCAUAGCGUGGAAGAGUCAGCAUCUUGACUCAAUAGGAUUCAUGAGGAGCCCCCUCAUAGUGAGUAUCUACAGUUACCGU